CCCCGUUCUUGUCGCCAUAUACACGAUGCCCGGUGUUAUAGAGAAGAUUGCCGAUGCGCUGCAUAUUCCCCACCGUCACCGCCAGGAAGCACCCCAAGCUGCCACCGCCACUGCUGCUGAGACCACAGUAUCGACACCUGUCUUAGACGGCGAGAAAGUCGUCGUAAUCUUUGUGCUAGGAGGCCCUGGUGCCGGAAAGGGCACACAGUGCGCCAACCUCGUUCAGGACUUUGGCUUUUGCCACCUGUCAGCCGGCGACCUCCUACGCGCAGAGCAGGACCGUCCGGGCUCUGCGCACGGUGAGAUGAUCCGCACAUACAUCCGCGAGGGGCAGGUCGUGCCUAUGGAGGUUACAAUCAAACUCCUCGAGAACGCGAUGCGCGAGGCCCUCCAGACGCGCGGGGAUAGCGGCGCCGAGGGUUGGACGGACGGCCGCGGCCGCUUCCUGAUCGACGGCUUUCCGCGCAAGAUGGACCAGGCUCUCAAGUUCGAGGAGGAUGUGUGCACGCCGCGCAUCGUUCUCUUCUUCACAACGACCGAGGAUGAGAUGCUCAAGCGCCUACUCAAGCGCGGGGAGACGAGCGGCCGUGAGGACGAUAACGAGGAGAGCAUUCGCAAGCGGUUCCGCGUGUACCACGAGCAGACGAUGCCUGUCAUUGAGCACUACAACAAGCAGGCCAAGGUCGCUGAGAUCGACUCAUCUGUCACAGUCGAGGAGGUGCAUGUUAAAGCAAAGGAGAUCGUUGCUAAGAUCAUCUCGGGCGAGGUGACACGGAACGUCACUGCAUGAACGGACAUACCAUGAUCUGCGGAAGGCUGAAACUGCUCCUAAUACCACUCAUACAAACACACGGAUGCUCAAGGAUGUAGGCUUGAAUAAUAAUGAUACAUGACUUUAGAUUUAA